GUUUUCACAGGGAACACCAAUGCUGACAGCGUGGUUCACCACAAAUUUCUGCACUCCAUGAAAGCCCGCUUCUUGCGCUUCAUCCCUCUGAAGUGGAAUGUCGGUGGGUGGAUAGGACUGAGAGUUGAAGUCUUCGGCUGCUCCUAUAAGUCGGAUAUUGCAGACUUCGAUGGUAGAAGUUCGCUCCUCUAUAGGUUCAAUCAGAAACUCAUGAGCACUUUCAAAGAUGUGGUUUCUUUGAAGUUCAAGAGCAUGCAGGGGGAUGGAGUCUUAUUCCACGGAGAAGGACAGCGGGGAGACUACAUUACCUUGGAACUGCAGAAAGGGAAGCUCUCCUUGCACAUCAACCUGGGGGACUCCAACCUGCACUUCAGUAACAGCCACACGUCCGUCACCCUGGGCAGCCUUCUGGAUGACCAGCACUGGCACUCCGUUCUCAUAGAGCGCUUCAACAAGCAAGUGAACUUCUCGGUGGACAAACACACCCAGCAUUUCCGAACGAAGGGGGAUUCAGAUCACUUGGAUAUUGAUUAUGAGCUCAGUUUUGGAGGGAUUCCUGUCCCAGGGAAACCAGGAACCUUUCAGAGGAAAAAUUUCCACGGGUGCAUUGAGAACCUUUAUUACAACGGAGUCAAUAUAAUUGACCUGGCAAAAAGGCGCAAACCUCAGAUCUAUAGUGUGGGGAACGUUACCUUCUCCUGCUCAGAACCACAAAUCGUUCCUAUCACCUUUGUCAGCACCAGUCGAAGCUACUUGCUACUACCCGGCACUCCUCAAAUUGAUGGUUUGUCAGUCAGCUUCCAGUUUCGAACAUGGAAUAAAGAGGGCUUACUUCUCUUCACUGAACUGUCUGAAAAUUCGGGACCUCUCUUGGUUUACCUUCACAGUGGGAGAUUGACGCUGCUUAUUCAGAAAGAAACUGAGAACCCAGUGGAAAUCAGUGAAGGCACCAAUCUCCAUGAUGGGCUUUGGCAUUCCGUUAACAUCAAUGCCAGGAGACAUCGCAUUACCCUGACACUGGAUAACAAUGCUGCCACCGCUAGCCACGCAACCACUGUCUCAAGGAUCUACUCUGGGAACAGCUACUAUUUUGGAGGGUGCCCUGACAAUUUCACCAAUUCCCAAUGUUUAAAUCCCAUUACUGCUUUUCAAGGCUGCAUGAGACUCAUCUUUAUUGAUAACCAGCCCAAGGACCUCAUUUUAGUUCAGCAAGGCUCCCUGGGGAAUUUUAGUGAUUUACACAUUGAUCUGUGUGGCAUCAAAGACAGAUGUUUACCCAACUACUGUGAACAUGGAGGAAAAUGCUCUCAGUCCUGGACCACCUUUUACUGCGAUUGUAGUGACACAGGCUACAUGGGACCUACAUGUCAUAACUCUGUUUAUGAACAAUCUUGUGAGGCUUACCGGCACCAAGGGAAGACAUCGGGUUUCUUCUACAUCGAUUCUGAUGGAAGUGGACCACUUGGACCAAUCCGUGUUUUUUGCAAUAUAACAGGUAAUGACCUAACCUUGUCUUUGGUGCUCUAUCUUGCCUCUAAUCUUACUGGCAUGUCUUUCACUGUACUAUGA